UUAUCGAAUACUCGAUUACUACUAUUGUGAGCACAAAACAUAAACAUCUUGCGGAAAGGAAAUACAAUUUUUGCAAUGCCUACUGAAAACAACAUAAAAAUACUGCCUAAAUCGGUGGUAUGCGAGGAGAGUACACUACGUGGUGACAUCACCUUUUCAUCUGGCUGCGUUGUCCAUCCCAGUGCAACAAUCAUUGCCGACGCUGGCCCCAUUAUACUAGGCGAAAAUUGUAUUGUGGAGGAAUAUGCAACCAUUGCGCAUCGCUUAGCUGACGGUGCCAGCUGGGAUGCCAAUAAUAUUCUAAGCAUCGGGAGUCACAAUGUCUUCGAAGUGGGCUGCACGGUGGAGGCGGCACGGAUUGGCGACAAGAAUGUAUUUGAGAGCAAGUGCUUUGUAGGCCGAGGAGUAACCGUAUCCAGUGGCUGUGUAAUAGGAGCAGGCAUUCAAAUGCGCACAGUUCAAUUAAUGCCCGAAAACACCAUUGUAUAUGGGCAGCAGGCGCUUCAACGUGAAGCCAUUGAGAAGCAAGGGUCGCAAACUUUGCAGAUUGACUUUUUAAGGAAGGUGCUGCCCAAUUAUCAUCAUCUGCGUAAGCCCAACUACGAUCCGAAGAAGGCACGCAGCGUUGUCUAGAAAAAAAGUCAUGAUACCUUUCCAUAGGCUAGCAUAUAUAUUAGUUAAUCUCU